AUGUCGUGCCCUGUCAUCGGAACCACUAACGACCACCUCCCGCCAAAUCACCCCUCCGUAGACCUCAGCAAGGACGGCCAAACUUGCCCCGUCGUAGGCGCAACAACCGACCACCACCACAACCUGCACGCGCACCCCCCAGUCCCCACCAACGAGACAUCCGCAACUGCGUGUCCCGCCCUCAAGAACAACAUCAUCAAACAGCCGCGCGCCCAAGAAAUGGACGACGCUCUAUGCCCCAUCGUCGGUGUAGCCACCACCGUCCUGCCGCCUGAUCACCCGGAUAUGCUCAAGGCAAACGAGGGCGACAUCUGCCCUGUUACCAAGGCCACGGUCGGACACCACAAGGAUAAGGUGGUUACGCAUCCUAGUGUAGAGGCUGCGAGGGAUGGUGCCGUUUGUCCUGUUACGGGACAGAAGCAGCAGCUUGCUUAG